AUGGGGCUGGUGGUGCUGGCCCUAGCCGCAUGGCUGGGGCUGGCCUCGGCCUCUGAAGGGCUGGCCAACAGCAGCCAGCUCUGCCAGGAGGCACCAGCAUGGAAUAUCAACGGCUCGAACCCCAUGGCGGGGGCGGCGGGGCAGGUGACGGUGGUGGCCCUGCUGAAGGCCAGCUGACAAUUCUGCCUGCAGCAGGCCCGCAGGCUUGGGGGCUUGCAGGAGAAGCUGGCUCGGCAGGGUACGGUCGAAGUUCGCUACAUGAUUGUCAAUGAGAAGGCACCGCUCUCCCGCGCCAUGUUCCGGGAGCUGGAGCGCCAUGCCCCACCAGGUGUCCCUGUCUACCAGCCCGAGCCGCAGGAGCCUGACGUCUGGCAGAUCCUGGGGGGUGACAAAGAUGAUUUCCUCGUCUAUGAUCGGUGUGGCCGCCUGGCUUUCCAUAUCCAGCUGCCCUACAGCUACCUCCAUUUCCCCUAUGUGGAGUCGGCCAUCCGCUUCACCCACAGCAAGGACUUCUGCGGCAACUGCUCCCUCUACCCCAACACCACCCAGGAGGCUAACAGUACCAUGGAGGUCCCUGUAACCCUGAGCCCACUUCCUGAACAAGAGAAGGAGUCACAGACCCCAGUCAAUCAGCACAACCCCCUCCAUCCUCACCACCACCACAAGGUCAGCAGUGAGAGACCCACAGACCCAAGUGGAGACCAUGAGCCUGCAACCCCUGUUCACCAUCACCAUGAAGAUCAUAACCAGCUCCAUCAUAAGGAGAAGAAGCAGAAGGAGAGAAAUGAGCACUAA